UCCCCGCGUUCUGCCAAAGUUGGACUCCUAGCUAGCUCUACUUAAGGUCUGCGAAACACUCACACACUACACCGCGCCCGGUGGUGUUUUUCAGUUGUGCAAGCAAAAUCCACAGUAUGCAUCGUCGAAAUUCUGACUGACUGAGGGCAACGUUUGCGCAGCUGCGUAAUCCGCAACCGGGUAGACGUGUGUCGGAACGGCCCCAAAAUGUUGCUUUCGCAGAACGGUUCGUGCAGUUUGAAAACAAGAAACCCAAAGCCCACCGUAAGCGAGAGCCGGUCGAGAAGUGGUCACGAAUCUGCAGUUAAAUUUACGCCAUGUACGCGUUGGUUGUGUCCGUAGCGCUGGCCUGCAUACUGCAGGUCGCGUAUUCCAAUCCGGACUUUGGCAUUGAUGCGCCGAUAGCGGGCGUGAGCAAGAUCAACGACCGGGCCAUCCUGGCGAAGGAGCACUUUCUGCGUGUAGACGACUACAUCAUACCGACCCAGAAGAGUGACAUUGCCAAGCUGCGGGACUCGGCAGUGAUUUUGCAGGCGAUCGGUCUGCAGGUGAACACGCUCGGUCCGGCCCUGAUGGAUGCGCUGACAACAGCGUCCGAAGACGACAGUGGCAAUAUCGAGGCAACGUUCACGCUCAUCAGUAUGGCGCGGAUUACGUUCGAGGACUACAUCAACGUGGUGCUGCAGGAGCAGAUACACAAUCUCGAGACCCUGCUCGGCAUUCACGUGCGGGAUCAGCUAAUCGAUGACUUCUAUCACAUCUCCAAGCGUUUGACCGCGCUCAGUGAGACGGUCGCGUUGCUGCAGCAGGCAGUGCAGGAUGCUUACAACGCGGCCAAUGGUGGCCCAGUGUCGGAUGCGCUCGUGCGCCAGUUUGUCGAUGCCGAUCUGAUUGCACAGCUGUCCCGCCAUCUUACCCUGCUAGCGUACCGUAUUCCGGUGCUCACGUACACCAUCACCUCAUCGCUGGAGAACAUCGAGCAGGCGGAUGCGUACUACUUCGGGCUGAAGGAAGACUCGGACCGAGUGCUGGACGAGAUCGAAGCAUCCGGCACUGAGUUCAAAACCCGGACGCUCGCCUACUCGACCACCGUGGAGACGAGCAUGAACAAGCUCAUUACGGAUUAUGCCAGCGACCUGGAGCUGGCCACCGCGACCGCCACUCUGCUCAACGUACCCGAUCUCACGACGGCCAUCGCAGGUCUGAAGGCGGUGCAGGACACGAAACUGGCGGCCACUCUGAAGGCGUACAAGGAUCUGUACGGUCCGCGGGUGGACGAACUGUCCAAGCUGCUGCCGAUCGAGUCCAACUUUUCCUUCCUGGCGGGGGAAAACCCGGCCGCCAUACUGGUGGGUGUGUUGAUCGCUAAUGGACCGUUUUCGCGCUACUGCUUCUGGAAGUAUGCCAGCUUGCUGCACAACAUCCUGCUGACGUCCAACUUUGCCAGCGAGUGUUACGAUCGCGAGUACAAUCGGCUGCAGUCGCUGGAACAAGCGCUGCUGCUGCAGAUCGAGAUGAUCAGCUACAACCAGGAAAUCAUUGACCCGAACUCGAACGUCUGCACCUAUCUGCCGUCGUCCGUUGCCCAGCGCAGCACAGAGUGUGCAACUGCGGUUUCCUCCUACUACACCAUCAUGGCGGCCGGGUACGACAGUAAGCUGGCGGCGUUUGUAAGGCUGGCCGAAAUCGAACUGAACGCCAGCAAGGAACGGCUGGGCGUGUGCUGGUCCUCCAAGGUGCAGCAAAUCUUGGUCAAGUACAAAACUCUCAUCCCCGAAAUUUUGAACUGCGCCGACAAUGGACCGCAAGUGUAAACUCAAUAAAGAAAACACCUCAAGAAUCUGUACCGGUGAGUCUGAGUGUGUGUGCGUGUGUAUGUGUGAAAAGUAAAUAGCAAUAAAACAGUGUAAUAUUGCCUUCAAGAGGUGACAUACUGUCAGAACGGUUUAUUGUAUUGGUUACGGCUGGAUCAAUGUUGACGGAAUUUUCUCGCUGGACUAUCUACUAUUUAAAAUAAGGAAAAUGUAUUCAUGCUAAUAAUAUUUACAACUAAUUUAUCAUGAAACAUUGAGGACGUGUGUUUGUUUAUCUGGCUCUGUAUUCCUAUCCUCCAUUUUUUUUGGCACAGGUUUAUGAGUACAGCUGUUAUUAGUUGAUCA